CUGGCGCUUUGUGCAACAUUUCAAAUUUUCUGGAGAUUUUUCUUCGCCCCCGAUUCUGGAUGGAGGCUUUUCGAAAACUCGCCGACAAAAUGUCGCCUCCUUUCCCGAGGAUUCGGAGCUGGGUCGCGGAAUCGAGUUUUUUGUGAAAAAAACGGGUUUUCCUGCGAAGAUUUUGGACCCUGCCGCUAUCACGGCUGGUUCAUAGCGCACGAGAGUAGAGUAGGCAAACGUAGAAGCAGCGAGGGAGCAACAAGUGUCCGUGGUGCGGGAAUGGCGGAGUGCGGGAGACUCGCGUACGCGUUACGCUCCGCCCCUCGGACCUAUACGCGGCAUCGAGAGCGGCGCUGUUCUCGCGGAUGUUCCGUGUCAAGUGCCCCGGGGCGAUGCAACCACCUCACUUCUGCGCCGAUCGCGCUCCCGCACCAACUCCGACGAAUCUCCCUCUCGACCGGUUCAAAACAAUUUUGACGUUUGAUCGCGCGGCUCCCUCGAGUUCGACGGGGCGACCUGUUGCUCGUCCUCGUGUUUCGGUGCUCCAAUUUCGCUGGUUCCUUCCUUGGUCAUUUUUCCAACCAACCGCGUCGUUUUUUCAACUUUUUUUUACGAAUCUGCGAUCGAGUCGCGAGCUCAUUUCCAUUUUCGCCAGGAAUGGUCGUCGCUUUUUCAAUUUUUCCAUCAAUUUUUCGCUUUCGUUGAGUUUUCUCAAAUCUUUUCCAAACUAUCCUCGAAAGCAACUUUCGCUCCAGUUCGCGAUUCCGCUCUCGUGGCUCCGCGCCCGUACAAGUGGCCCUCGUAAAAAGGGUCCGGCGAAUGUGCCAGCGAAAUCAGUGACAAGUGUUCGUAACGACAAUUCGAUCGGAUAAUUUGGAGGAAUGCGCCUGCUGUGUUUGACCAAUCGAGGAUAAUUAUUCACGGAUCGAGGAGGCCGAUAAUCAGUGACUUACGUGGAAGUGUCGUUGGAUGAUAAAGAGCCGCAGUCGGAGGCAGCCUGCAGUCGAUUUUGUCUCUCGAGAUUCCAUCAUUCGCUGUAGAUGAAAUAAAAAAGGAGAAAAGAAUGUUCGAAUGAUCGAAAAGUGUGGGCGAUCGGACGAUUGGAAAAAAUCGUUUUUAUUAGUAAGUGCGGAAGGAUGAUGAGCGACAUUCCAUUGGCGGACUCCUCGGGAAUAAUUCCAUCGGGAAUGCUCCCGACGAGCGGAGCGAUCGCCGACAAUAGCAUAAACAAUAACAACACGACGGUUGUCAACAACAACAAAAGCAGCGUGGGGAAUCCGGGCUCAGCGGGGAUGGAGGCGAACGGUGGCGAAGGGAUCAGUGCAGCCGUCGCCAAAGUUCUGCAGGGAUACGAUUGGACGCUGGUUCCCGUUGCCACGAAAAACUCCAGCGACAAGAGAGCCGCACACGUGAAAAGGCCGAUGAACGCGUUCAUGGUUUGGGCUCAAGCUGCCAGGAGAAGACUCGCCGACCAGUAUCCCCAGCUCCACAACGCCGAGCUCUCGAAAACCCUCGGAAAACUGUGGCGACUUCUUUCGGACAACGACAAAAAGCCAUUCGUCGAAGAGGCGGACAGACUUCGGGUGAUUCACAAACGUGAGCACCCCGAUUACAAGUACCAGCCGCGGAGGAGAAAACAAAACGGGCCUGGGAGCGCUCGCGAGAGUUCGCCCUCCCGGAACCAGAGCAACGUCUCCUUCAGCGUUUCCGGCUCCCUCAAACAGGAAGAUACGAACAGUCCGCGCGGCAACCUUUUGCCCAACUCGCCGCACAGCAGCAGAGUCAGCUCCUCGCCGCCGAGCACUCCGACCGGGAACCAAGGACUGUCGCCUCCCACGCCGCCGACGACGCCGAGGGGCCAGCACUUCGUGGCCCAGCACCACCAGGCGCAGCAUCAUCACCAGCAGAAUUAUCACCAACAGGAACUCUCGGCGGACGACGCCUCGGUCGACUGCGCUCACCAUCAUCAGCACCCAGGCUCCGGUGUGGAUCUCCGGUACAUCGAGGUCGGAGAAGGCCUCCCAGGGGAGGAGGGUCUACCUUUAAGCACGUUAGGCAAUCUCAGCUCGAUCGGUCUCAACCUCGAGAUCGAGAGCAGCGAAUUGGAUCAGUAUCUACCCGCCCAGGUAAUGCAUCCUGUGCAUCAUCAUCAGUAUCACGUUGGAACGGGGAGCGCAACCGUCGGCCAUCAGUGGAUCGCAGCGUCGCGAUUUGACGAAGAAACAGAGAGACCGAGCAAGCGCCACUGCGCGGAAACGGGCGCGACGACGAUGCUGGAGACGUGGGAAGAGAGGCCGCAAGAAACGGCGCGAUACCACGACCUCCAGCCCCUCCCGCCGGUCCAGUACAUCUCGACGCAGCAUCAGUCUCACGGAGGAUCUCAGAUAAACGGACAUUCGCACGUUUCCUCGUCGUACGCACCGUACCAUCGGUACUUGACUGGUAUCGACACUUGGUCGAGUUACAUGUGAGACGGGAGUGCAGCGAGGAUUAAACUCGAGAGAAUCUAACACAAGAAUAUAAGGAUAUAAAGAUAAUUUUACAAACACUUUUUAAGAUGACGAGAUAGCCAAAUAAAUAUCUUACUUUUAUAUACGAUCCUUUGAACGACGAACUUCUCGACACUGAGACUGAGCGUCGACGACACGAGGGAAAAAGCAGUCGGAGGCGUUACAUCCAAGAAAGAUUUUUCUCCUUUGCCAAUGUCUCGAUAUUUGGAGUUUUCUUCAGUUGUGUUUAUUUCAGCUUUCCACGCCACCGGAAACGCUGCAAUUUUCAUAUUUUUGUUAGGGCAAAACUCGUACCUGCCUCGUCGAACAAAAGCCUCGAGACCUCUCAGCGAGGUUGUCCGUCGGACUCGCCAUCUUUCGAGACGUUCCGUGGCGAAAACAGUCCAGAAACUCCAUGACAUCAUUCCAUGACAGCCUCGUGUCCCUUCCUUCGAUCCAAUUCCCAUUCCAAAGCAGCACAAUUUCAGCCAAACAAACUGGCACGCUCGACAUAUAUUUUCUCUCGCUCUCUCUCUCUCUCUCUCUCUUGCUCUCGCUCACUUCCUCGUCUCAGUAACGUUCUAAUAAUAUAAGCCUUAACUGUAAGCUUCGCGGGUUCGCUGUCGAAGAGAACUCGAGUUUAGUAGUACAGAGAAAGAGAGAGAGCAACGGGGGGCUUAUUAUACGUGCCUCGAGUAACCAGUUCGACGUUCAAAUAAACACAGCCCCGCGUUGAAAUUCGAUCGUCGUACACCGCGUCACGGGGAUCGUAGAAAACGUAGAAAAACCGAGAGAGUGACGCUCCAAACAUCGGGAUCGAUGUGGGCUCGGGGAUUCUUAUUUCCUUUUUAUUUCCCAUUGAUUUAUUUUGCUUUCGUAAGCUUCGAGGCGAUUAUUAAAAUUCCGGAGGAAGCGAGCGAGAGAGAGAGAGAGCGAGACAGCUGUUGAGUUACGUCUAGUAAAGCGUUGGAAAUCGCAGAGCAAAAAAAUCUGGUGGCACGAGUGACCUCAGCAGCCGUGAACUUUCUCUAGUGACUUGCCGAUCUCAAUUAUUCGAAAGCGAAUUUCAAGCUCGAAAAAUAGUUUCGGAGAGUCACGAAGAUUUUUUGCCGUGCGAAAAGUACGGCUCUGUGCGCGACUCGAGCGAGCGAAAAAUUGUUUUGGCGAAGCCCUCGAGCUAUUGUGUACUUAUAGAUUUAUAUUUAUUUAGCCGGCGAGACGAAGAUUGAGUACAAGGUGUGUUUCGAUCAAAUACAAACGAGAUAGAAAAAAUGUUUGGAGGUCCCACCAAAUGGCUUUAUACGCAGUCAGUGUGAGCGAACAAACACACGGGCGUGCACGAGCUCGGAUCUAUGUAUUUACAAAUACACGUAACCCCCCUUUUUCUCCAUAAAAAUAAAGAAAUAAAUGAGAAAGAAUUACGACCGAA